AUGGGAAAGAGGAAGGCAUUGGAGGAAGCUCACCAGAGUGUGAUGGGGACGGGGCCGAGACUUCCUCAUUUUGAUCUGCAGUCACCGCCGAAGCUCCCCUUUGGUAUUGAGGAUGUUUUUGCUAAGGGAGUGGAGAAGGUGGACUUCUUCGUGCUGCGUUGUCAGAAGAAGGAGGCCUUUGGCGAGAUGUAUGUCAACAUGGCUAAGGCAGAUAAGGAGAUCCAGAGGCUGAAGAGGCGUGAUGAGAUGACCAAGGGUAAGAUGGCGAAGGCACAGGAGGCCAUUUGA